UAGAUUGUAAUUUAUUUUAAUAUUAUAUUGUAUCGUGUCCAAAAACCGAACCCAACACAAAGGAUUGCAAAAGUAGAAAGUAGUUAACCCUAACCGAUAGUAACGCUCACCCAAAAGUAGUCGAUCAAAAUCGAACUGACACCCUAAAUCAAAACCUAAUUACCCUAAAAUCACAACAGAAAUUGAACAGUAACAGUCAGGUUGAGGCCCGUCCUGGAUUCCUACCCAUGGACUCCACCCUGAUUCAACCCCACCACCACAAGCCCUCCGCUUCAAAACUCCCCAUCAAACGCAAAACCCCCGACCCUAAUCCUCUUCCUCCGCCCGAUGCCAGCCCGGACACCAUUGAUGGCAGAGCGCCGCCGUUCAAGUUCCACCGGAUAUGGACGGAGCCGGACGAGAUCCGUUUCUUGCAGGGCCUCUUGGAUUGCUCCUCUCAGCAUCUAGCGUUUCCGAGGGACUUGGGGAUCUUCUAUGCCCGGUUUUCCAACACCAUGUCGCAGCCCUAUACGAAAUCCCAGCUCUCCGAGAAGCUUCGGAGGCUCCGAAAGAAGUUUCGGGUCAUUUCCACCCGGUUGUCUAAGGGUCUGGAUCAGUCGCAGUUGUCGCUCCAUGAUCGUGCGCUUUACGACUUGUCGAAACAGCUCUGGCACCCGGAAUAUGCUGCCACCUCGCCCUUCAGUGGCGCUCGGAAUGUGGGUUUGAAUCACAGUAGUAAUACUGUUGUUGGUGGUUAUGUGGAUGGGAAGCUAAAAAAGUCGAGCCUUGUUGGAAUUAAGGUCGACUUUUCACCUACUUUGCAGGCGAUCACGUCUGGUUUUGACCAAGAGAAUGAUGCCAAUUUGGAGUUGGAUUCUGUUCAGAAUGAGAAUGGGGGUGGUGAUGAAGGUGGGGUUGCGGUUGGAGAUAUUUAUGUUGAGGAUAAUAGGAAUGAAGAAGUUAAAUUGAGUGAGGUGAAUGUGGAAUUUGAAGGGGAAGAGGAAGCUAUGGAGGAUGAGGGACACGAUACCUUCGGCGGAGGGAUUGGGGCUGUGAAAGUGGUGGCUGGGCAGAGUAUUGAUUCUGACUGCAAGAAUAAAAUAGGGGAAGUGGCGGCAAAGGUGGUGAUGAAUGUCUUUGAUGAGUGCUUCAAGGACGUAAAAAGGAAGCUUCUGGUUGGUCGGGUUGGUGAAAGGGUGGGUGUGGAGAGUUUCCAAGUGCGCUGGCAGCAGCAAAUGAUUGCAGAAUUGGAUGUAUUAGGAAGCCGAUUGAGGUUGGCUCUUGAGCAUUCUCUUCAAAAGCAUUGAGUAAAUAUGCAAAAUUAUAUAGAUGGGGUUGGUAGAGUAGAUUAAAAAAAGCCCCUCCUUGGUAGUCCCGGUUUAUUUUUGUUUAUAGCUUCUUUUUUUCUCAUUAGCUUUGCAACUGGAGAUAAUUGUACAUUUGACAAUGGAGUAUAAAGAGUUGCAAUGGUAAUAUGGUAUAUAAUUUUUUUA